AUGGAAGUCGCGCUGGGUCACGGAGACCAAGCUCGAGGAGCUGGAGCGGAAGGGGCAGCCUCCGUCGCCUCGUUGAGGGGGCGGCGGAGGUCCCCCCGACAACAUACAGAACAACACACGAGGACACGACCUUUCGGGGGAACGGGCAGCGACAGCGCCAUAAUAAUGCAGGAGCUACGGCACAGAGUCCAGAACCUAGAACGCCAGCUGGCCAAUCGGGAGCAGGACGGACGAACCACCGAUCCCAGCUACACCCCAUCCCCCGAAAGAGAAGAAGAAGACUCCCACCGAAGUCGCUCGCGGCGUACCCCCGCAUCCCGAACGGAAGCGGAGAGCACGCGCGAGGAAUCACCCAUCCCGAGAAGACGAAAUGACACGGUCAUCUAUUCCAGGGGAAGAUCAACUCGCCGAGCCGCGCGUGAUCGCGAAGACGGGGAAGGGAGAACACGGCAACCCGUGAUAAUGGGCGCCACCCCAUUCCACCGAUCUAUCCUCGAAGUCCGGUUGCCGAAACAUUUCGACAAACCAACGGACAUGAGGUAUGACGGAACCCAAGACCCUCUAGAACACCUCACGGCCUUUGAGGCCAGGAUGAAUCUGGAGGGGGUAGGGGACGAGGGGUCCAUCCACAACUUCUCGGAUAUCAGCCGCGCGUUCCUAGCCCAGUUUACAACACGAAUAGCAAAGGCCAAACACCCGAUCAACCUUCUGGGGGUUACCCAGAGACAGGGAGAGCCGACAAGGAGGUACCUAGAUCGUUUCAACGACGAAUGCCUUGAAAUCGACGGCUUGACCGAUUCGGUGGCCAGCCUUUGCUUAACGAACGGCCUCCUCAACGAGAACUUCCGAAAACACCUCACCACGAAGCCGGUUUGGACGAUGCACGAGAUCCAGACGGUAGACAAAGAGUACAUAAACGAUGAGGAAGUCAGCCGAGUUGUGGCUGCCAACAAACGGCAGCCCGGCUACAAUCAACCACGGCAACACGGGAACGGGGAUAGGCCAAAGGAGCGAACCAGGGAGGAGGCGCCAAACAAGACGCCGAGAACAUUCCCCCGAGUCGGGAAAUUCACCAACUAUACCCCCCUCACGCUCCCCAUCGUGGAAGUGUACCAACAAAUAGCAGAGAAAGGAAUCCUGCCGAAGGCCCGACCGCUCAAGGACCGCACCGGAGGGAGCAAAAACCUCUAUUGCGACUACCACAAAGGUUACGGUCACCUGACGCAGGACUGUUUUGACCUAAAGGACGCACUCGAACAAGCGAUAAGAGAAGGCAAACUAGCAGCAUUCUCCCACCUUAUCAGGGAGCCAAGGAGACGUUAUCGCGACGAAGAUGAGGAAGGCAAAACCCGUUCGGCCAAGCGACGGCCAGAGCCAGAAGGCGGAGAUCACGGCCUCACUGUAAUAAACGUAGUGACGGCCAAAAACGCUGCACCCAGAUCCAGAUCCGCACACAAGAAAGAUAUAAAGAUACUGUCGAUUUCCUCAUCAUCGAUGCAAAGCUCUAAGAAGCCUCCGCUCAUCUCCUUCGGCCCGGAAGACCAGUGGUUCGACGACGCCCCGGAAAACCCACCCAUGGUCAUCACGGCCCGGGUGGGAACCGGCCUCGUCAAACGCAUCCUCAUUGAUACAGGGGCGGACUCGAACAUCAUGUUCCGCAAUGUAUUCGACGCGCUGGGGCUCAAAGACGCCGAUUUGACGACUCACCAACACGGGGUCAUAGGGCUAGGGGAUCAUUUCAUUAAGCCAGACGGAGUGAUAUCCUUGCCAAUCUCAUUGGGACAACCGCAGGGUCGAAGGUCGGCGAUGGCAGAGUUCGUGAUCCUCCGAGACUCGACUGCCUAUAACAUCAUCUUGGGAAGGAAGACGAUCAACGACUUCGAGGCCGUAAUCAAUACAAAGCUGCUAGUUAUGAAGUUUGUUACCGAUGACGGAUCUAUAGGAUCCGUAAGAGGGGACCUCGAGACGGCGGUCGCUUGCGACAAUGCCAGCCUCUCCUUAAGAAAGAAGUCCAAAGAGGCGUCCGGCGUGUUCCUGGCCGACCUAGAUGCCAGGGUAGACGACAGGCCCAGGCCGGAACCAGAAGGAGAUCUAGAGAAGUUCAGGUUCGACGACGAAGAGGAUAGAUUCACAUUCGUCAAUAAGAACCUCCCGUGCGAGCUAAAGGAACCCUUGGUCGAAAUGAUAAGAGCCAACAGAGAUUUGUUCGCCUGGACACCGGCCGACAUGCCAGGCAUAGACCCAAGAGUCAUGUCGCAUCAUUUAGCCGUCAAGGCGGAAGCGCGUCCAGUAGCCCAACGUAGGAGGAAAAUGUCGGCAGAAAGGGCAGAGGAGGUGGCCAAGCAGACGGCCAGCCUCCUCGAGGCAGGCUUUAUACGAGAAGUAGACUACUCGACAUAA